AUGUUAAGGGUGGAAUUAUGGGUCUGGAACCUCUGGCAGUCUCAGUCCCAUAACAACACUGUUAGGUCAUGGGCUUGGCUUUCAUAUGAGAAUCUCUCCUUUGCUGUGUUGCCGGGCAAGUUUAACCGUUCCGUAUUUGAUGCACCGGCUAAGGCGGAAGUGUCGGACGAACGACUGGCAGUCUUAAACGAGAAGCUCAAUUCAACCGAUUUCGUCGUCUACGAUGAAAAGUUCUUCGACAUCGUUGGACCACAGGCCAAGGUCGAGCAUGUGCAAGCACUAGCGUUUCGGAGUCACGAGGCACCAUGCAUGGUGCCUGGAACAAACGACCUUUUCUUUGUUGAAUGGGGCCCAUCAGGCAAUAACACCGACGGUGUACAUGACUGGCAGUACCUGCUAAACACUAAAACGAACGAGCUGCGGAAGAUCACCACAAGCCCACCCACCAUCAAUGUACAUGGCUGUGUUCCGUUCAAUGGCUUUAUCUACGUUGUUACUGAUGGUGGUCCGGACGAGACGGGAUAUCUGGCUAAGAUCGACCCAAAGACAUGGAAGAGAACAACUCUUAUAAACCACUACUACGAAGAACCGUUCGGAGGGUUCAAUGAUCUCGCCAUAGACCCUGACAGCAACUUCUACCUUACUGAUAGUAGGUCUGGAUGGGGCAAAGGCAUCGUCCCUUUCACACCACCCCAGAAUCCCUCCACUUACUUCGUCAACGGCACAACAAUGCGGCCAAAACUCCUCCAAACCACGACCGGAAACGCAAACGGAGUUGCCAUAUCCCCUGACGGUCGCACUUUGUACCUCCCUGACACUGGAGUCUCCCAGUACUACCCCGUCAAGAAGAACCCAUACGGAGCUCGUGAGCUUUGGGCAUAUGACUUCGCGACAGCUUCAUCCGGAGCUAAAUGCCCAACGCUUACAAACAAGCGCCUGCUUAACAACCCUAUCACCUAUUUCUACGACGGCAUCCGAGUGAGCAAUGAAGGUUGGAUAUUUUGCGGCGCUGGUCAUGGUGUGGACAUCAUUGAUCCCGAGACUGGGCUUGCUCUUGGCUCGAUCCGUGUUGGUGGCGGCAAAAACGUUGCUGUAUCCCUUGCAUUUGGCUUCCAUGAAUUCUGGAUUGUUGGCCAGGGCGGUGUUUGGCAUGUAAGCGGUAUCAAGCCGGCGUUGACUACAAAAUAA